AUGAAUGAAAAUGAUCAAUUUCUUAAAGAAAAUAGUCUAAAAUAUCUUGCUCAAAUUGGAAGUGGCACUUACGGAAGUGUGUAUCUUGUUUAUUCAAUGCAAUACCGAGCCAAAUUCGCGCUAAAGGUGACCAGAAAGAAAUAUUUUAAAGAAGAAGAGUUCGAAUCUCUUCAACAGUUGGAUUCACCAAAUGUAGUUAGAUUAUAUAAGUGCGAACGCAAAAAUACAAUGCUAUACUUAUUAAUGGAGUAUUGCCCUUUCACCGUUUUCAAUAAAAUCAAAAUUAAUGGAGAAAUUAAAGAAAAGCAAGUUCUUAAUGUUGCAUAUGACAUUUUACAGGCGCUUUGCAUUUGCCAUUCACGAAGAAUUUCACAUGGAGACAUUAAACCAAACAAUAUUAUUAUAGAUGGCUUCGGACGAGCUAAGUUAUGCGAUUUUGGCAUGUCUAUUACACAAUCUGAUUCUAACGAAGAUAAUUUAACAACCCAAAUUUGCGGUUCUUUUCCAUUUGCUCCUCCAGAAAUAUAUCUCAAAAAGACAUACGAUAGAUUUAAAGCAGAUAUAUAUUCUUUUGGAGUGACUGUUUUUGCAUUAUUAACAGGAAAACUCCCAUUCAAAGGUAAAACCCCUGAGGAAGCAAUAGCUAAUAUAAUUAAUGGAAAAUUCACUUUGCGAUUAGUUGAAAAUCAGGAUAUUGCAGACUUGAUAUUUAGGUGUAUGCAUUCAAAUCCUGAAAAGCGUCCCAAUGCAACAGAGUUAAUCAAUCAUCCUGCGUUUGGAAAGCAUAUUACUCCACCACUCCAUCCUACAACAAACAUUAGACUAUCAAAAACAAAGAGCCAUGUGUCAAAUUACCAUCAACUGAGAAUUGGCUCAUUCCCACCAAAGAAUAUAUGGAGCAUGAAUGGUAAUAAUCCAGGUCGUUUUUAA